AUGGCGGAGGUGUUGCGAAUGGGCCGGAACGCCAGCUACGACUUCCUCACGAAUAAGUGCAUGGAGGACAACAUCACGCAGUGGCCGGAGAUGUUCUGCAACACCACGGAGAGGCGGUAUCGGUGCCCCACCGACCGGCUGAGGAUGGGGACGUGCGGUAUACGCACCUAUAGCACCCCGAUGCCGACGUACUUCCAGUACUUCACCAAUGCCUUUCUCGGCGGGUUCUCAGCAUUCCUGGACUACUGCCCGUUCAUCGUGGGCUACAGCAAUGGUGCUUGCAAUCAGGACCCAUCGACGGCAUCGCCUUCUUUGCAGGCCUUCAACGUCUUCUCCGACGCGGCGCGCUGCUUCGAUGGCGUCUUUCAGCCGAGGAACAGUAAUGCUCGCUCUGAGCCAAACAACGCCUUGUGCGCCAACGUGAUGUGCGACACGGCGGCGCGCACGUACAGCGUCCAGGUGCGCGGCAGCAGCGGCUACGUCGCAUGCACGCCGGGCGAGAGCAUUGACCUGGCCACCUUGAGCGCCGCCUUCGUGAAUGGCAGCUACAUCACGUGCGCGCCGUACGUGGAGGUGUGCCAGGCCAACAUCAAGGGAGUCAUAGACUUCGAGAGAGACGCUGCCGACACAGCGGCGAUGCGACAGUGGAGUGAAAGGAUGUAUGUAUUGGCCACUGUGACGGCUGUGCUGCUAGGGAUAGUGCUCGCUGCCAUGGCAGGCCUCGUGGUGGGGCUGCUUGUUAUCAGCCUUUCCUGA